AUGAAAAUGCGCAAUUUUUUGAAGGACAAAUUCGGGAAUGCGAACACUAAUGGUCUUGGCAUUGGAGUGGAGUUGUUUGGAGACUUUAGCGAUGCUGGCAAGACGAAUUUGAAUAGGAUGGUGAUUGGAGGUGGAGCAAAAACGGGAAUCACGAUUAUGGCUCUCGAUGAAGUCGAUAAUUGUAAUAGGGGUAGCUGAAGAAAUUGUAAUUCAUCUUAAUAUUUGUUAUUGUUUAUUGUCGUAAUUGCCUCUCAGUAACUACUAUGAGAACAGCUUCAGCUUCCUUUCCCACGAAAAGAACGACCAUUAGUUCUAACACCCUGGCGCUCGGAGGAAAACUCCUGACAGCAGAGGAAGUCCUAUCAGAGGCGAACCUAUCUGGCCCAUCAGGAAGGGCCUUCCAGGAUGCAACGAGAGAGCUGAGGAACAUGUCGACGGAUGAAAUUCGCGGAAAUUCUGCGAAAUAUCAAGAAUUAAAAGCAGCGCGUGAUUUCUCGGAUGUGAUGGGGAUGUCGUGAGGUCGUUAUUUGAGUAGAAGGAAGAGCUGCACUCUUAUGCAUAAAUACCCGUAGGACGAGAUGCACACUAUGUAUUAUAGAAUGUUGUGUGUUCGCAAGAACCGAAACACGACAAGAAACAUUUUGCAGUGUCGUGAGAACAAUAAUCCUGUAUAGUAUUAGUACGUCGCCAAACCCAAAUAAAAAACACAUCAACACCUUCAAAGAAGUCGCUAGUAUCAAAUCCACUUAUAGUAACGC